AUGGAGUUUGUGCGGUGCUCGCUGUGGCUCUACCUAGCGCUGGUGCUGGCGCUGGGACCCGGUCCUGCCCGCGGCCACCCGCAGCCUUGCGGCGAGUUGGUGCGCUCAGGGGGCUCGCUGCGCCUGGGCGCCCUCCUGCCCUACUUCCUGGCGGCCGCCACCGAGACCCCUGUGCUCAGCUUGCUGCGGCGGGAGGCGCGCGCGCCCCUUGGCGCCCCGAGCCCCUUCCACCUGCAGCUGGACUGGGCCGGCCCCCUGGAGACACGGUGGAUGUACUCUUGUCUGCUGCAGGCACAUGCCUGGGAGGACGUCGGCCUGAUGCUCUGCCGCGUCCAGGACCCCGGUGGCCUGGUGGCCCUCUGGACAUGCCGGGCCGGCUGGGCCCCACAACUCAUGCUGGACUUGAGCCGGCCAGACACUGGUGACGCGGGGCUGCAGGCACGCCUGGCCCCGCUAGAGGCGCUGGCGGGGGCUGAGGCCCUGGUGACCACGGCCAUGCUUCUGGGCUGUGAUGCAGCCCUUGCCCGGCAAGUGCUGGCGGCCGUGCCCCUGGGGCCCCGAAGGCUGCUGGGCACGCCACUGCCCGCCGAGGCGCUGCCCACUGAGGGCCUGCCACCUGGGCUGCUGGCACAGGGUGAGGUGGACCGACCCCCACUGGAGACUGCCGUCCAGGAUGCCGUGGAGCUGGUGGCAAGGGCACUGGGCAGUGUGGCCCGUGUGCAGCCUGAGCGUGCCCUCCUCCCCACCGCAGUCAACCACAGUGACCUGCGGCCUGCUGGGCCUGAGUCCUCGGGCCGCUUCCUGGCACGGUUCCUGGCCAACACAUCCUUCCAGGGCCGCACGGGGCCAGUGUGGGUGACCAGCAUGUCCCAAGUACACAUGUUGCACAGCUUCAAGGUGUGGAGCCUCCGCCAGGACCCGCUGGGCACCCCGGCCUGGGCUACGGUGGGCAGGUGGCGCAACGGGCAGCUGGAGCCGGAGCCGGGGGGCGCUGCCAUGAGGCCCCCACCCCCGCCGGCUGCCCAGUCCCGGGCGAAGCUGCGUGUGGUGACGCUGGCGGAGCACCCUUUUGUGUUUGCCCGUGAGUCGGACGAGGACGGCCAGUGCCCGGCGGGUCACCUGUGUCUGGCGCCCAGCACCAACGACUCAGCUGCGGUGGAUGCGCAGUUUGCCGCGCUGGCCAACGGCUCGGGGCCCCGUGCCCUGCGUAAGUGUUGCUACGGCUACUGCAUCGACCUACUGCAGCGGCUGGCAGAGGACACGCCCUUCGACUCCGAGCUGUACAUCGUGGGUGACGGCAAGUACGCUGCCCUGCGUGAUGGCCGCUGGACCGGCCUGGUGGGGAGCCUGCUGGCUGGCAAGGCCCACAUGGCGGUCACCAGCUUCAGCAUCAACUCGGCCCGCUGUCGCGUGGUGGACUUCACCAGCCCCUUCUUCUCCACCAGCCUGGGCAUCAUGGUGCGCGCGCGUGACACCGCCUCGCCCAUCAGCGCCUUCAUGUGGCCGCUGCACUGGUCCAUGUGGGUGAGCGUCUUCGCCGCGCUGCACCUCAUGGCGCUCUUCCUCACACUCUACGAGUGGCGCAGCCCCUAUGGCCUCACGCCCCGCGGCCGCAACCGCAGCAUUGUCUUCUCCUGCUCCUCAGCCCUCAACCUCUUUGGACGUAUCGUGUCCAGCGAGACCCCCAAGAGCCCCACGGGGCGUUUCCUCGUGAACCUGUGGGCCAUCUUCUGCCUGCUCGUGCUGUCCAGCUACACAGCCAACCUGGCCGCCGUCCUGGUCGGGGACAAGACCUUCGAGGAGCUGUCGGGGAUCCACGACCCCAAGCUGCACCGCCCGCCGCCAGGCUUCCGCGUGGGCACCGUGCGGGACAGCAGCGCCGAGGCCUACAUCAAGAAGAGCUUCCCCGAGAUGCAUGCGCACAGGCGCCGCCGCAGCGCGCCUACCACGCCCGAAGGCGUAGCCAUGCUCGCGAGCGACCCCCCCAAACUCAACGCCUUUAUCAUGGACAAGUCCCUCCUGGACUACGAGGUCUCCAUCGACGCCAACUGCAAACUGCUGACUGUGGGCAAGCCGUUGGUCAUCGAAGGCUACGGCAUCGGGCUGCUCCGGAACUCACCGCUCGCCUCCAACCUGUCCGAGUUCAUCAGCCGCUACAAGUCCUCGGGCUUCAUGGACCUGCUGCAUGACAAGUGGUACAAGAUGGUGCCUUGUGGAAAGCAAGUCUUCGCUGUCACGGAGACCCUCCAGAUGAGUAUCUACCACUUCUCUGGCCUGUUCGUGUUGCUCUGCAUGGGCCUGGGCAGCGCCCUGCUCAGCUCGCUGGGCGAGCACAUCUUCUAUCGCCUGGUGCUGCCGUGAGUACGCAGGGGCAACAAGCUGCAGUGCUGGCUGCACACGAGACGGAAAAUCCACCCGGCCCUCAACACCAAGACUCCCGAAGGCCGGAAGGGAGAGAAGCGCAAGCCGGAGUCCAGGGGACCCGCGGAGCCUCAGGAGCAGGAGGCAGCGGCGCCCGCGCCGGACCUGGGCGGCUGGAGGCCGGUGCGCCGCGCCGUGAAGACAGAGCAGCGCCGUGUGCGCUUCCUGUCGGAGCCCGUAGCCGCGGACGCAGAGGCGGACGCCGGGUCGCCCGAGGGCCCCGUGUGGCUCUGCUCCAAGGGCCGCGCGCCCGUCUCACCACCCGCGGGCGCCCCGGGCCCCGGCGAGCUGGCGGCGCUGGAGGCACACAUCGCGGGCAUGCGCGAACGGUUGCGCCAUGCGCCGGUGCGGCGCGGCGAGCUCCUGGCCCAGCUUGGUGACAACGCCCGCGCCGACCCUGAGGAGGGCCCGUGA